AUGACAUCAGCAACUACUGUAACUAUUCUUUUCAUUCUCGUUUCAUCUCAUGUUUCCGAUGCUCUUUUCAAUAUAAUUGGCAGCACUCAGUCGGUUACUGUAACUGGAAAAUUUGUUUGUGAAGGACAACCGGCUAAUAAUGUUCUUGUGAAGAUGUAUGAUGAUGGAACCAUUUAUGAUUCAAAGUUGGGAUCUACGAGAACGUCUUCAGAUGGAACAUUCUCUGUAUCUGGAACGUACACAGAUAUCACUACAUUGGAUCCAAAAGUGAACAUCUACCACAGCUGUAAUUACAAUGGACCAUGCUCCAAGAAAGUGCAAAUCAAUAUUCCUGAUUAUGCCGUUGCUGAUGGAAGUAGUGCAACAACCAACUACGACAUCGGAACCUUAAAUUUAGCGAACCAAUUCAGUGGAGAAACCACUGAUUGCAUUCAUUAA